ACACAAACGCUGGACCUGACCGAGGACAAGACCUAAGCCAUCUCUCUCACGGGAUCAGAGGUUGUAGCAAUGGAACUGGUCUCAACAUCAAUUGGCAAGUUCACAGUUGAUAUUUUCAACAAGCUGAAUGAGACCAACAAGGGCAAAAAUGUUUUCUUUUCCCCUUGGAGUAUAUCAUCUGCUCUGGCUCUGACCUACCUGGGUGCAAAAGGCAAAACGGCAACAGAGAUGGCAGAGGUUCUUCAUUUCACUCAAGCAGCAAGAGCUGAAGGUUCUUCUUCUGUGGCCAGACCUUCCCGUGGGAGACCAAAGAGAAGAAAAAUGGAUCCUGAGCACAAGCAAGCUGAAGAUAUCCAUUCUGGCUUCAAAGAGCUCCUGACUGCCAUCAACAAACCCAGAAGCAGCUACUCGCUGAGAAGUGCCAAUCGCAUUUAUGUGGAUAAAACUUUCCCAUUAUUGCCUACAUACAUACAGCUCAGUAAGAACUACUACAAAGCAGAGCCACAGAAGCUUAACUUUACUACAGCACCGGAACAAUCCAGAAAGGAAAUCAACACUUGGGUUGAAAAACAAACUGAGGGCAAAAUCAAGAACAUGCUGGGUUCACGAGAUGUGUUAAACUCCACCAAGCUGAUCCUGGUAAAUGCCAUUUACUUCAAGGCAGAAUGGGAAGUGAAAUUUCUGGCAAGAGAUACAGAUACGCAACCCUUUCGACUGAGCAAGAACAAGACCAAGCCUGUGAAGAUGAUGUACAUGAGAAAUACAUUUCCAGUUCUCAUCAUGGAAACAAUGAAUUUCAAAAUGAUUGAGUUGCCAUAUGUGAAACGUGAACUCAGUAUGUUCAUCGUCCUUCCCGAUGACAUCAAGGACAGCACUACAGGUCUCGAACAGCUGGAAAGAGAACUGACAUAUGAGAAACUGUCUGAAUGGACCGAAUCCAAGAAGAUGACCGAAACUCUUGUGGAUCUGUACCUACCUAAGUUCACAAUGGAAGAAAGAUACGAUCUCAGUGAUAAACUGAUCAGCAUGGGAAUGCACAGUGCCUUCAGCAGCAAUGCUGAUUUCAGUGGAAUGGCUGAGAAGGGUGGUGUGAUGAUCUCCAAAGUUUUUCACAAGUCUUUUGUUGCAGUUGAUGAGAAAGGCACUGAGGCAGCUGCUGCUUCUGCUGUAAGUAUAGUACUUACAAGUGCAAAUAUCAGCCAGGCUCUGAUGUUUAAGGCUGACCACCCUUUCUACUUCUUCAUCAGACACAACAAAUCCAAGAGCAUCCUCUUUUUUGGCAGAUUCUGCUCUCCUCUAGAAUGAGUUAUUACUUGCUCCCAGACAGUACCUAAGGUUCACUGUUCAACGGAACAACGUGAUCUGCAGUUUUAGAAGCUCAACCUUAACCCAUGCAGCAAUACGUAGUGAAAGUGUACGUCCCUUUUCUCCCACCCCUCCCCACCCUGCCCCAAGUAAGGCAACACCCAGAGACCACCCUGCGCCUCAGAGACCAUCUCUCUACUGCUCCUUUCCAUCAUUCUAAUGAGACAGUGCUACCCAGAAAACAGAGUGCAGAAUUUUGCUCACUUGCAUCAAACCUGCUUUGUUGUUCAAGAGUAAGGUGGAGCCAUAAAUCUGCACACAAGCCAUCAUCUAGCCCCAUGCCAAGUGCUGACUUCAAGGGAAUUGCAGUUAAUCCUCUUGAAUCUCCCAGAGAGGAAAAAACCCUGAAAGAAAAAAAAAAAAAAAAAGAACUUGCUGAAAUCUAUAUGCUCUCUUUUCCUCACUGGGAAACCUGCACUUGCA